AUGACCUUUGCGAGGGGCUGGCGAGCCGGGGGCGGGCAGAGGGGCGCCGGGGGGCGGACGCGGGGGGCGCGGGGAGGGCAGGGCGCGGCGCGGGAAAGUUUGGGGGGCGGCGGCGCCGCGGCCGGGAGGCUGGCGGGCGGGCCGGAGCGGCGCGCCCGGGGGCCGGCCGGCUUUGUGUACGGCGCGGAGGCCGGCGGCGCGGAGGCCGAGGCCGAGGCCCGGAGCUCGCGGGCCGCGCGGCGAGGCCGGCCCGGGGGCGGGCAGGGCGGCGGGGGGCGGCGGCGGCCCCGCGAGGGGCGGCUCGGUUGCGGCGGCGGCGGCGGCGGCCGGUGCGGGUCGGGGGUGGGGGCUCGGGCCGGGCGCCCCCCCCCGCGCGCCCCCAGCGCCCCCGCCCCCCCGGCCUGA